AUGUCGGCGGAGUUCUGCUGCAUUGGUGUAGACGUCGGGUACACCAACACUGACGCCGUUAUUCUGAGAGGGAACACGGUGAUAGGAUGGGCAAAGACCACCACUACUAAAGAUGUUACAGGCGGUGUCGUGGCCGCCAUAACGACGGCAUUGCGGGAAAUGCAGUCACAAGGUCAUAUGGAUAGUAUGUCGCAGGUCAAUAUUGGCACGAACCAGUUUGAAAAUGCUGUAAUUCAGAGAAGAAAUCUGGCUAAGAUAUCAGUAAUAAGAUUAUGUGGACCGACUGCAACCAGUUUACCACCAUGCAUUGACAUGCCCGCAGAUCUUUGCAAGGUUGCAGCGAUUUUAAAAGAAGAGUACCCUGGCGUCAGUCUGACGUUGUCCCAUACAGUGAGUGGCGUUGGUUUGCUGGAGAGAGAACAUGCAGCAGUAUUGAAUGAAAGUUUGAAACCGUACUUUUUAAAAACCACCAGUGACUUUGAUAUAGCCCUGCAGAGUCUUGGUCUUGAUUGUCCUCUUUACCUUACGCAGAAUGAUGGUACGAUUCUGAGUGCUAAAGACUUUUUAGAAUUUCCCGUGCGUACAUUUUUAUGUGGAACUUCUAACAGUGUGAGAGGAGCAUCACAUUUAGCUUGCAUCGAAGAUGCUACAGUUAUAGACAUCGGUGGUACAUAUACUCAUGUGUGUGGUAUGGCAGGAGGAUUUCCCAGGUUAACUUCAUCUAUUGUAGAGAUGGGUGGAGUGAGAACCAGCCUCAGAAUUCCUGCUGAGAAGAGAAUAUGUCUCGGCGGAGGAUCGCAUGUAAUUUCUGAGCAAAGUAACGACGCCAAGUUAUCACCUUUUUCCUCAAAGAAAUCUGUAAAAGUCGGACCGUUGAGUUGUGGAAACAAGCUUACUGUCCAAGGGAUGGUUUUUGGUGAACUGGUUGAAAAUCAGUUAUUGACGGCAACGGACACUGCUGUUGCAGCAGGAGUAGCAAACGUAGGAAAACCUGAGAAAGCAGACCAAUUGGACGAGCAGUUAGUUGCCUCUGCGGUUAAGGAAAUGCGCUUGAUGGUGGAGGCUGCAAUCGACCAAAUUAAGAUGGAAUCAAGAGACCAACCCGUAAUAUUACUUGGUGGGGGGAGUAUUUUAAUUGAUGACAAACAAAAGCUACAAGGAGCAUCCAGUGUCAUCAGGCCACCACUCUUUGAGGUUGCAAAUGCCGUGGGAGCAGCUCUUGCACAGGUCGGUACCGAAUAUGGUAAGAUAGUCAAAAUGGACAAGAAGAUCAAACAAAUAAAACAAGAACACACUGCUGGAAAAUCUGUAUUUUAUACUGGAGUGAGAGACGCCAUACAGAUGACUAUGAGUGAUGUAGCUGAUGAGAGCAAGACAUUUACCUCUUCCGUAAACUUUGGGGAAGUUUUCAGACAAUCCAUGGAUGGUGAUGUCCCCAAGGAUGGCAUAAAAGAUGCAGGUAUUAGCGAUGCAUCGGCAGAACAGGAACAAACUACAGUGGAAGAUAUUGAUAGCCAACCACGUAUAGAUCCUUCAACAGGGGAAUGGCUAUUGUCAGAGUGGGACAUAGAUUGUAUUACUCUAGGUGCUUCUAUACUCGGCUGCGGUGGAGGGGGUGAGCCUUAUUUACAGAAAUUGCAAUGCAAACUUAUACUGCGAGAUGGCAAGAAGAUACGAAUUAUAACACCAGAAAGUAUUAACAAUACUGGUUUCGUUUCCUGUGUUGCCGCUUUGGGUGCACCAUUGAUUGAAAUAGAAAAACCGGCUGGGGACACCAUAAUAGAUCCAGUUAUAUGCCUCCAACAAAUAAUCACAUCAAACAAUAUUCUGGAUGAAGAAGACAUUGAAGAAGACUUAAAUGGACUUAAGUAUAUUGAAGACUUUCAUGGCCAAUUGGUGAAAAACGUGGAUACACCAGGAUUGAGUGCUAUAAUGAGUGCUGAGAUUGGUGGUGCAAAUUCAUUGAUAGCAUUAUAUGCUGGUGGUCUCUUCGAUCUCCCAGUUGUGGAUGCAGAUUUCAUGGGCAGAGCUUUUCCGGAGUUCCAGAUGUGUGUUCCCAAUAUGUUUGGUAUACCUGCUUAUCCAUGCUGCAUGUCUGAUGUUAAGGGAAGAACAGCAGUAGUGUUGAAGGCGAAGAACGCACAAGAUAUUGAAAAUCACCUGCGAAAAGUUGUGCAAGAAAUGGGGUGCCAAGCUGGACUUUGUUUUGGUUCGUACAGUAAAUCAGAUAUCAUGGACUAUAGUGUGAAGUAUACGUUCAGCAGAGUUUGGCGACUCGGUCAGGCUGUACUACAGGCAAGGCGUGACAGGACAGAUCCUAUACAAGCAAUACUACAAUGGGAGAAUGGAAAAACCCUGAUUGUUGGAAAGAUAGCAGAUGUUAAAACGAAACUGACAGGCGCAUUCUCAAAAGGAAAAGUGAUCAUUGAUGGUUAUAACGCAUAUGCUGGUCAGUCACUUCAUGUCGAAUGCCGGAACGAAAAUCUGACUGCAACUCUUCACUGCAUGAAAGGAGAAUUUAAGGUUGUAGCAUGUGUUCCUGACUUAAUCGCUAUCGUUGACACUGACACUGGGGAGGCUAUUCAUUUUGAAGAGGUACGAAAUAAUCUACGUGUCACUGUGCUUGUGUUCGCAUCGGCGCAUAUUCUAAGAACACCGACAGCAUUGAAGGUCGUUGGUCCACAAGCGUUUGGAUAUCCAGAAGAUGUUCAGUACCAUCCUGUGGCAGAUUACACAGAAUAUAAACCUGUUCAUCAAUGGAAUAGAGCUGAUUGCCAAGAAUUACUAUCAGAUUUCUUCUCAAUAGCUUGGUCAACAUCACCAAUUAAAGUUCCAAUCGGUGCAGAGCUUUUCUCCAUCUGUCAGCUGGAUGAAAUUUACGCUACUGAUGAAGAACUUCUUCAAGCUACAAUUGAAUGGGAGCAACAGAACGCCGGCAGUAAUAACGAGCCAGAUCAACAGAAGCCGGUGUCUGCCAAAGGGCGAAGAUUCCCAGAAUUUUCUGAAGAAAUGGUCGAAAACUUGGCAGCAAAGAAAAAUGAAGUGAAUUUCGUUGUUUGUAAACAAUGCGUUGAACGUUUGGCCACAUGA